AUGAAUGUGAGCAGAGACAAGGUCGGUGACAUCUCCAUCCCGGCAGCGGCAGCCGCGGCGGUGACAGCCCCCGUGGCCGCGGCCGGCAUCGGCGGGGAGCCCCGCGGCUGCCACGGGGAAGGGAUGGACAGCCGCGGGGAGCAGCGGCUCUCGGCCGGCGGCGAGCUGCCGCUCUACUGCCCUGCCAACCGGGACAGGCAAGGCGACAGCCACAGCAACACCCCCGGACAAGAGGGGGCAGUGGCCGCGCUGCCCAUGGUGCACAGAACCACCUCCUUCUCCGUGCUCGACAUCCUGGACCCUAACAAGUUCACGAGGGCUGCGGUUCCGAGCCCCAUCCCCACCCCUUCUGCCCAGCUUCUUGCCCUGUCCCCUCAGCCUGGCUCAGGGCGGUCGGAGCAGCCCCGCACCCGAGGGGCCCGGACCGGCCGCAUCCCCACGGCGGGCGGAGGGGCCGAGGGGCCGGGCGGGGCGGCCCCGCUGCCCGGGCACCCCUGUCCCAACAGCAGCGGGGACACCGGGUGGGCGAUCCCCCCGGGCGGACGGGACGGGGAGCUCUACAAGGCCGAGGAGUGCGACCUGGACUACAGCAGCCGGCCGAGCCGCAGCCCCGACAGCGAGCUGCCGGACGACGAGGAGCUGUGCAGCGAGGAGAGCGGCAGCACCAGCGGCAGCAGCGGCAGCUCCGGUCCUGCGGCGCCCGGAGAGCCCGACCCGGGCCCGCUCCGAGCCGAGGCGGCCGAGGCGGGGGUCGUCCCGCCCCCGGCGCCCCCUCCGCCGCCCCCGCCGCCGGCGCCCGUCGGGGCGCAGCCCGGCCCGCAGGCCAAGCCCAAGAGGAAGCGGACGGGCUCGGACUCCAAGUCGGGCAAGCCCCGGCGGGCGCGGACAGCCUUCACCUACGAGCAGCUGGUGGCGCUGGAAAACAAGUUCAAAUCCACGCGGUACCUGUCGGUCUGCGAGCGCCUCAACCUGGCGCUGUCCCUCAGCCUCACCGAGACGCAGGUGAAGAUCUGGUUCCAGAACCGCCGCACCAAGUGGAAGAAGCAGAACCCGGGCGCCGACACCAGCGCGCCCACGGGCGGGGGCGGUGGCGGCGGGGCGGGGGCCGGGCUGGGCGGCGGGGCGCUGCCGGGGGGGCUCAGCCCCCUCAGCCACUCGCCGCCCAUGGGCACCCCGCUCUCCAUGCACGGCCCCGGCAGCUACGCCGGGCACCCGGCCGGAGGGCUGGUCUGCGCUGCCCAGCUGCCCUUCCUGCCCAGCCCCGCCGUCCUCUCGCCCUUCGUCCUGGGCUCCCAGACUUACGGCGCUCCGGCUUUCUACACCCCGCACCUAUAA